AUGGGCGGAGUUAAUUUAUUAAAAGUACAUUAUGAUUGGCAAAUCCAGAUCUUUGGGGGACCUGGAUUUGAUUCAAUUCUGGCUUUCAGGAGAAGGCAACGAAGCAGGAUAGCCAGAAUGGCCCGCUCCGUUGACAAAAACCCCGUGUACAUCCAAGUGGAAAAGAGCUUUCAAACAUUUCACGCACUCAAGACACUUCGCUCACAUGGUCUCAGAGGCAUCAAAUUAUUUGACAUUACUGAAUCACUCAUAAUCUCACGCAUCAAAUAUGCACAACAACAACUUCAACAACUAGAAUUUCUCAUCAAAAAAUUAUCUACCUGCAUCAAAUCCGUCACUCAGAUAUUCAACACACUCAAUUCAAGACUGUCCAAAAAAGUGGAAAAUAACAACAACCAAAAUUUUAUUCGAAAAGAAACAGGAGAUCAUAUAUACGAAAGCAUGUGCUGA